UUUCCCUAUCUUAUUAAUCUAAAUUUAUUCGAAAAAGAAGCCAUAAAAAGGGUCUUCAGAAUUCCUAGCAUUCAACAGCGAAGGAUAGUAUAAUCUAAAGAGUUACUUCAGUUUCAACUGUAAUCGUUUUAGAGUUCCGAUAAUCGAUCUGUCAAAAUGUCAGUGACGCUUCACACGAAUUUGGGCGACAUCAAGUGCGAAAUCUUCUGCGACGAGGUCCCGAGGACAGCUGAGAAUUUUCUGGCGUUAGCUGCAAGUGGUUAUUAUGAUGGAACCAUAUUUCAUAGAAAUAUUAAGGGUUUCAUGAUACAAGGUGGUGAUCCAACCAAUACUGGCAAGGGUGGUACAAGUAUAUGGGGUAAAAAGUUCAAUGAUGAGAUAAGAGAGUCUUUGAAGCACAAUGCUAGAGGUAUCUUAUCCAUGGCAAACAGUGGGCCUAAUACUAACGGAAGCCAGUUCUUCAUAACCUAUGGCAAGCAACCUCAUCUCAAUGGACUCUAUACCAUCUUUGGGAAAGUGAUUCAUGGUUUUGAAGUGCUUGAUAUAAUGGAAAAGGCUCCAACAGGUCCGGGGGAUAAACCUCUCAUGGAAAUCAGGACCAACCGUGUAACAAUUCAUGCCAACCCACUUGCUGGUUAAACAAUUUAUUUUAUAACACAACGCUGUGCCUAGUUUGAAGACUGCUGUGCUUUAUCAUCCGGCUCUGGCCUUGUGCAAAUUGCUGAAGAACCCAAUAUUAAAAAAAUCCAACACUUGGUAGAAUUGUACUACAUAGUUUAUACUGGUGACUGCUUCAAUGGCUGCCGGCUGAUUUCUUUACUCCGAUGUUUCCAUUUCUGAAUCCGAUGAAGUCUAACUUAGUUGGUCCUUGCUGCAUUUGUUGACUGGAUGUUAGAUUGUUUUUGUUGAUAGCUGUGUUAUUGAAAUAGUUAGAGAUGGUGGUACUUACAAAUAAGCUGAUGGUGGUACAGCUGCUGCAUUUGUUGUGGCACUGCAGUCUGCAGUUUAUGGUAGACUUGAAUUAUGUCGUUUUAUUUUUACAAGUUUAUGUCUGAAUUUCUGAAGGCUAGGGAAAAAUAACACGCAAAAGAUAAUAUCAUCUGUAAUCCUUGAGCACUAAUAUCUUAAUAUUCACAUGUAUUUUCUAUUU